CAAGGUCUUGCAAGAGGUUGCCGCCGCCCAACACGUCCUUGUGGUCUGCGGUUCCGCCGGAUUGAUGGCUACGCAUUCUGCGUUGGGCUGACGUCCCUGAAGAGCGUCUACGCAGACCGGGCACAUUUAACAAGCCUCAUCGGUUCGGCAACCUACCUCAUUCGACGCGUUGUCUUUUAGGCCCGAAUACCAAGUCGGCCAAAAGGGUGGCUUCUCUCUCAGGGUUCGGCCACUGGGGGAGCUGCUAGAUAUGUACCACACCAGAGAGGCUUCCGACUCCCGCGAUAAGGUAUAUGCUCUCCUCGGCAUGAGCUCGGACCGUCAACAGUAUCCUCAGUUGCUCCCUGAUUACAGGACUUCACUGGGCGAUCUUCUCCGCACGUUUAUCAACUCCGUGGUCAGCGAGCAGUUGGAGGUAACGACGUGGGACGAUGAGGAGUUCUGCGUCAUCGAGGGCAGAGGAUACGUGGCCGGAGUGGUCUCCGUUGUGCAGAGUGAUCGGAUGAUGCAUGACAGACAACGAAUCGACGUCUCGUUAAUUGUGGGUUCCACCCAACGAGCCCAGGAGACUCGAUGGACUCUCCCACCUUUGGCGAAACAGAUCCGAAGCAGCGAUCUCAUUUGCAUUUUACAAGAUGCUUCGACGCCAACAAUAAUCAUGCCACAUGCGGAUUAUUGCGAAGUCAUUGCCAUUUCGGUUCCAAUGGGGAUCGGCGAGCAAUGGCCGCCGGGGUUCGGCAAUGUUCAUGUCGACCCCAUGAAUCUGUCAACAACCGGCAUUCCUUACAAUCUGUUGCUCUCUUGGGACCGGAAGAUGUCCGGUCAAAACGGUGAAGCCGAAGCUGUAGAUUUCGCUUCUUUGGUUCGCAAACAACUGCCGAAACAUAGCCAGAAGACAGAGGUCCAAGAUUGGGUGAAGGGGGUGACUAGGUGGCAGAAUACUGGACGUUUGGUGGGGGAUCUGAACGAGUGGGAAGAUGCCCAGCUUACAAACUUGAGAGAGGAGCUCGAGUUGCUGAGGUCAGUAACUGGAAGUGGGACGUACUAGAAAAGAUGGUACCGGAAGGUAAAUAAGGAAGCUAGGUACCAAGGUAUUAAAUUGAAGUUUUGAGAGAGACAAGGUAAGGCGUUGAGCUAUUAUACAGAAGCAGUAUAGUCCUAGAGUUGCGUAAGGGGGAGGGACAUGGCAUGGACCGAA